CCUCGCAGUUUACGGCUAACGUGGUCAGCGUUUGUUGAAGUUCGGUGUUUCUCCAGCAUGGCGAAAGUUUCGAAGAAAAGAGGGACUAAGAAGAAGUCCAGACAGGGCUCGGAGGAGCCGGGGAGCAGCCGGGUGAAAACUGUAGUCCACCACGACGAUGAAGACGAUGGUUUUAAUGGCGCAGACGAUGAAGACGUCAGCAGCGCUGAGGACGAAGAGGAGAACGAACGGAAGCACCAGAAGCUGCUGGAGGCCAUCAGCGCCCUCGGGGGGAAGAAGAGGACCCUGGGGGAGAGGUCGGAGGCGGCCACUCACAUGUCUGAGUUCACGGUGAGCGCCGAGGGGGGGUCCGACAAGGUCGAGCUGUCGGACCUGAUCCGAACCGUGGAGGCCGUCCCGGCCGUCUCUGCCCGGAGCCGGAAGCAGCUGAAGGAGCUGCAGCAGAGCAGGAGGACCGUGGACUGUCCCCUGAGCAAACAGGAGACCCAGAGGAUUCACAGAGACCUGGCCUUCCAGAAGGCCGCGACCGAGGUGAGCCGCUGGACCAGCAUCAUCAACCAGAACCAGAUGGCGGAGCAGCUGCGCUUCCCCCUCAACCCAGAACCGUCUGGACCCAGACCCAUGGAGCGGGUGGUGACGGGCUGGAAGGCCCAGACUCCUCUGGAGCAGGAGGUGUUCGCCCUGCUGUCUGCCAACCAGCAGCCCAUCAACGACCCCGUCCUGACCCCGGUCGAGGAGGCCUCUGUGAGGGCCAUGAGCCUGGAGGACGCCAAGAUCCGCCGGGCCGAGCUGCAGAAGGCCCGGGCUCUGCAGUCCUACUACGAGUCCAAGGCCCGCAGGGAGAAGAAGAUCAAGAGCAAGAAGUACCACAGGGUGCAGAACAAGGCCAAGAGGAAGGACCUCCUGAAGAACUUUGAGGAGAUGGUGAAGGUGGACCCGGAGGCGGCCCUGGAGGAGCUGAAAAAGAUGGAGCUGGCCCGCAUGCAGGAGAGGAUGUCCCUGAAGCACCAGAACAGCAGCAAGUGGGCCCGGUCCAGAGCCAUCAUGGCCAAAUAUGACGAGGGGGCCCGCAGAGCCAUGCAGGAGCAGCUGGAGGUGAACCGGGAGCUCACCCAGAAACUGGUGACUUCACUGAAGGAGGAGGAGGAGGAGGAGGAGGAGGAGGAAGAGGGGGAUGCAGACUUGCUGCCGGACUUUGUGAACGCUGCAGAGCUCCAGCAGGACUCCUCCAACCCCUGGAUGAGAGGGAGGCUCUCUGAGGAGUCCACAGAGAUGAAGAUGAGCAGCAUGACGGCUGUGGAUGCAGCUGAGGAACAGGAGGAGGUGCAGGAGCCAGAGGAGGAGGUGCUUCUGAGGGAGAUGGACCUCAGGAGGAAACAGCGUCAGGCUCAGGACUCUGACACGGCAGACGUCAUCGUCGUCGAUGAUGAUGAUGAGGAGGAGGUGGUGGUGAAGGUCCAAGCUGAGGAGAAACAAGCAGAGGCUUCUGAUGAUGAUGAGGAGGAGGUGGUGAUGAAGGUCCAAGCUGAGGAGAAACGAGCAGAGGCUUCUGAUGAUGAUGAGAAGGAGGUGGUGAUGAAGGUCCAAGCUGAGGAGAAACAAGCAGAGGCUUCUGAUGAUGAGGAGGAGGUGGUGAUGAAGGUCCAAGCUGAGGAGAAACAAGCAGAGGCUUCUGAUGAUGAGGAGGUGGUGGUGAUGAAGGUCCAAGCUGAGGAGAAACAAGCAGAGACUUCUGAUGAUGAGGAGGAGGAGGCGGGGCUGUCAGAGUUCACCAGGAUCUUCAGAGGACUAACCAAAGACCUGGGAGCUCCUGCAGCAGCAGGUGAAGCCUCAGCUGAGCUGGAGGAGGGCCUGAUCAGGAUCAGGUCUGUGGAGGAUGCUGAAGAUCUGCCUGAAGAACCCCCGCAGGCCCCGCCCUCAGAACCCUCCAUGCCUCUGCAGGCCCCUCCCCCAGAACCCCCUCCGUCAGAGCGUCCAGCAGGCCCGCGCAGGAAACGGAAAGGCGUGGAGCUGCGAGAAGUUCUCACCAAAGAGACGAAGGUCCUCGCGGUGCCUCUGGCCCCGACCAUCAUGGACUCCGAGGAGCAGCUGGACCAGCGGGGGCUCAUCCGGGAGGCGUUCGCCGGGGACGACGUCGUCUCCGACUUCAUCCGAGACAAAAGGAAGCAGGAAGAGGCGGGGAAGCCCAAGGUCCUGGACCUGACCCUGCCCGGCUGGGGAGAGUGGGGGGGGCUCGGCAUCAAACCGUCCACAAAGAAACGCCGAAGGUUCAGGACCAAGAUGGCGCCGCCGCCGCCCAGGAAGGACCGCCUCCUCCCCAGCGUGAUCAUCUCCGAGAAGAGGACCGGCUCCGUUGGCCUCCACCAGGUGAGCUCGCUGCCCUUCCCCUUCGAGACCUGCGCCCAGUUCGAGAGCUGCAUCCGCUCGCCGCUGGGCCGCACCUGGAACACGGAGCACACGGUGAAGAAGGUGACCAGGCCCCGGGUGGUGACCCGGCUGGGCGUCGUCAUCGAGCCCAUGGACGAGGAGGAGCUGCUGAAGGAGCCCAAGAGCCAGAACACCCCACGUUAAGCUGGGGGGUGUUCAGAAACAUUCUGCUGUCAGUUUAUGUGCCGGUCUGGCUGGUCCUGGACGAGUCGCCCCCCCAGCUUUAAUUAUCUGCCUCGAGGACGACUGUCGGCUACUACCACGUCAAACAGCUUAACGUCUGUUAGCUUAGCUGUUGUAGCCACGGCAGCCAUCUUGAAUGGCGUUGACUCUGAACAUGAUUCAACUGUAGGUUUAAACUCGAUGAGAUAUUUUGCUAACAGACCAACGUCAUGGCCGUGGGUGGUGAACGUCACUGGGGUGAAACGAUGCAAGAAGCCCAUUAAAGGGACAGUUCAGCUGUUUAACUCUGAGCCUGAUGUCUGAAAUAAAUCUGAGAUGUUCAAAGUUUUUAUCGUGUUUUUAU